AUGUCUGCCGAAGAGGACUUCAUCGACUACUCGGACGACGAGCUUAACAACACCACCGCCCCCAAGAAGGCUGCUGCCGACGCCGACGCGCCGGAGUCCGCUGCCGAUUCUGGUAACAACGCCACAGCCAAGAACGGCAGUUAUGUCGGCAUCUACUCGACCACGUUCCGUGACUUUUUGCUCAAGCCAGAGCUGAUCCGCGCCACCGCCGACUGCGGUUUCGAACAUCCUUCGGAUGGUUAG